UCAUCCAUCUUUCACAGCCUAUAAAAAUCCCAAUCCAGCUCCUGUUUAGGGUUUCCAUGUCCUUUCAUUUCCUUAAUUUCUCCUUCUUUAAUCUUCUUCGAUUUUGAGCCAUGAACUGGAAUGAUACGUAGUUUUUGUUGCUCUUGAUCGAGAGAGAGAGAGAGAGAGAGAGAGAGAGAGAGAGAGAGAGAGAGAGAGGGACCCUGGAAUUUUUGUUUUGUUUUGUUAUGGAUUUGGAAAGUGAAUGUUUAUCUCUCAAAUCCAAUUCCACACAAGACGAUCAAUUAGGACCAGGAAAAGUCUCUCCUGAUCAUCAUAAUGGGAUUAGGAAUAACGGGUCUUGUGCUAAAGAGGUUGUUGAUAGAUUGGGUUCCUCUGAAAAUUUAGGAGAUAACUGGCCAGAGGAUGUGGACAGCCCGCCACAGCCGGCGAAUUCGAAUCCUUCCGAAUCGAAAUCGCCUGGUGGGGUCUCGCCUGCGACAACCAAAGGUUUUGGAUUGAAGAAGUGGCGGCGAAUUAGGCGAGAUUUUUUCAAGGAUUCUGUUGCCACUCUAGUUGAUAAUGAUUCUAGUAAAAUGUUGAAGAGGGUCUUGCCUAGUAAUGCAAACCCUAUUAAGACUCAGCAUUCAGGUCUUGACAUCAAUGUCGGGGCCGUUGAUGGAUUCACGAUUCGUGGGUCCGGUUCUGACUCUAGGAAUGCUGUGGGAUCUGUUUUUGCAGCCGGGACGGAUUCCGAGAACAGCGAGGAUCGAAGUAGCAAGUCCUCAACGGCUGCAAGCGCUCCUAAGGCGAGGUUGGACCUGCCUGCGAUGAUGGGGCAUAUGCGGGAUAAGAACAAGGCGAAGAGUGGGGUUGGAAAGAGUUUUGGGAAUUCUUCGUCUCAGAGAGUUCCGCUGGGAAAGGGAGGAAAGGUGGAGAGCAGUAAGAAGGCUCGAGGAGAGAGGGUCAAAAUCGAGAAGGAAAACUCUUACUCCAGCGUAGAAUCGGACUCGAGAAGCUCCAAUGUUUUCUUUAUGCAGAGUACAAAUGUGACUAGUAACGGAAAGCAGACCGGAAGGAGGUCCCUGAGUUAUGACGAGGAGAAUAGUGAUGAAGCUCAUGAAAGUGAACAACAGUUUAGUGAGGAGGUUCAAACUGGUUAUAGCAAAGAGAAUGUGGGUGAUGUUGAAGAUUCACAAGGUGAUUCAGCUGCGGAUGUAUCUUGGGGAAUCAAGGAAGAAUCUUUGACGAACCGGGAUCCACUGGCUGAUUCUAUCCUUAGCCUCCAAUCUGUACAAGAAGCACUUGAAAGAGAAGUUCAGGAAUUAGGACAAAUUGGGAAGGAACCUAUAGCAUCGCUCGACAAGCUGAUGGAGAAUAGUAGUGUGUCUGCUGAUUUCACCGAACUGGGAACUCAAGAACCUAACCAGUCCAACCAGUUGGGUUCUGACAAAACCAUGCAAACAGUUGUGAGUUCCUUGCAGGCUAAGGUAUCAAGCUUGGAAGAGAAUGUGAAUGUAUUGGAAACUGAACUGGGAGAGGCAAGGGCUAUACUUGUGGCGAAGGAGUCUAAGGUUACCGAACUCGAGGCCACCAUAAAAAGUAUAAAGUCUCCAAAAGAAGAAUCGGGUAGCGCAAUAGAUUUAGAGGAGAAGAAACAUAAAGAGACAGAGAAUGAUAUUGAGAGCUUGUUUAAGCAAAGGAUCGAAGCUGAAAUCGAGUAUCUAGCACUAACAAGGGCCACGCAGAGUUUGAAGACUUUGGCUGGAAAUCAAGCCAUGAUCUUGAAAGAACAAGAAACCGUGGCUAAGGAACAGGCACGGGUGCUUAACAGGCUCGGAGAUGUCGCGAACAAAGCUGCAAAUCUAAAGAAAGAAGCGCAGGAGUUCGAAAAGUAUCAUGGUGAUAUUUUAGAGACUGAAGAGGUUUUAGUUACUCAGAGAGGGGUAUAUAAUGUUACGUGGUGUUUUUGUAUACAAUUUAUAUUGCUUUUCCUAGUGCUUUGGUUUUUUGUCUUGCAGUUAUCGCCCAAUCCUGGGGAAGUUGCACCCACCUAAAGCUCUCAACUUUACUAGGCCCUCUUCUCUCUCUCUCUCUCUCUCUC